AUGAAAGCCACGAUAAGCCCCCCCUCCCCGCCAUCUGACGGGAUACCCGCCGCCCACCGGGUCGUAAAUGGAGGAGCCUCAAUCGGAGCUCCGUCGGGGGUGUGGAGUAUGGUGAGGCUGACACAGAGGAGUCAAGAGAGUAGGUCGUCAUCAACGCCUGGUGAACUUUUGUUGAAUCCUCUCCUCUUCAAGUUCCCAGGCAGUGACAACAUCUUCGGCCCGCGUGUCCUUGAAGCGUGUCGUCCUUUUGAUUUUACCCUUCUCUUCGAAGAUGCCAUCCUCACAGCCGUACCGGCUGGGACAUUCCUCCUGCUGGCCCUAUUUCGUCUUCCAGCACUGAUCCGCAGUCCAGUUAAAAUCAAUUCGCAUAGACUCGCGACUUACAAGCUGAGCUUUCUCACCGCUUUGUUCGCACUUCAGACAAUCUAUCUUGCAUUUCAGAUCCAGGCCCCAAUCCUCCAUACCAAUGCAUCUCUAGCAGCUAGUGUUCUUCAAAUACUGGCCGUGGCCGUAGCCACCUCGCUUUCAUGGCUGGAAGACCAGCGCUCCGUCCGCCCGUCGGACAUAAUGGUUCUCUACUUCUUUGCCGCGAGUAUCUUAGCACUCCCCCGCGCUCGUACGCUGUGGACGCUCUCUCCAGCUGUCGAAACUCAAGCAAUCGUAUGGACCUUGGUUGCUGUUGCUACGUCAGUGGUCCUGGGUCUCGAGUCAAUCAACAAAAGACGUAGCGUGGUUUCGGCCUAUAAACAAGCCAGCAAAGAGUACACAUCCAGCUUCUGGGCCCGCAGCUUUUUCAUAUGGAUGCUUCCACUCUUCCAGAGUGGAUUUUCGUCAAUACUCGCCCUUCAUGACAUGCCAGAAGUCGACCGAGACUUGCAGGGCGGGUCGGCGGAAGACCGGCUGCUAGAGACGUGGUCCAAGAAUCAACAAAUCCAAAAGGCCAAGUUGGUCCGCGUGGUGUUCCGUGCCUAUUUAUGGCCAUUUUUGAGCGCCGUUGUGCCUCGACUAUGCCUCACGGCCUGCAAGUUCUGCCAGCCAUUUCUCAUCUCGGCCACUAUUGGGUUCUUGUCCGAUGUACAGACAUCGGACAGAAAGUAUUAUGGACCGUCCCUAGUGGGAGCUUUUGUUCUGACUUACCUCGGAAUGGCCUUGGCAACAGCUAUGUACUGGCGCCAGGCCUUGCGCUUCAACACUACCGUCCGCGCGGGAUUGAUUUCGCUAAUUUACCGACAGACAACUAGAAUGGAAGCGAGUGAAUUCAAGUCAGAAUCAUCCAUCACGCUCAUGGGUACCGAUGUGGAACGUAUCGUGAAAAAACUUCGCAGCAUUCAUGAAGCAUGGGCGGCUCCGGUUGAUGUGGCGGUUGCAGUCUUCCUUCUCGCGCGACAGCUGGGGAUCGCAUCAUUGAUCCCGGCCGUCAUUUCAGUCGUUUCGGUGAUUGCAACUAUUCCCGUCUCUCACAAAUCUCGCACGGCGCAGAAAAACUGGAUCGAGCGUGUGCAAGCUCGUUUGGCCAUUACCUCGAGCAUGCUGCAUGAUAUGAAGUCCGUCAAGGCUUUGAGCCUUACCGACAAACUCCUAUCCUGCAUCACCGAACUGCGAUAUGUGGAGCUGCGGGUGUCUAAAAGGUUUCGCGGCUUGUUGAUCAUCCAAGCUGUUUUAUCGAAUGUUCCCACGACCUUGGCGCCUUUUGCGACCUUUGCUGUAUACGCAAUCAUUCAAUCCGUGCGGGGCAACCAAUCUCUGCUUGCUAAUCGCAUGUUUACAUCCCUCUCGCUGAUCUCCUUGAUGACCGAUCCUCUCCUCACCUUCAUCCAAACCCUCCCACCAUUGUGGGAGUCCUUGGCUUCUUUUCGGCGCAUUGAGGAUUAUUGUUGCAAAGCCUCCAUGAUGGAGCCUCGCACACCAUUGACUAUGGGAGACGACCUGGAACUCCUGUCGCGGCCGCCCUCCGCCACACCCCCAGGCGUCGUGCUGGAAUUUCACAACGCUGCUUUCUCAUGGACUGCAGAUGGUCCUCGUGUUCUUCAUGGCCUUAAUAUUGCUUUUAAAAAGAGAGAAAUCAUUGCGGUAGUUGGACCAGUGGGUUCUGGGAAGAGCACGCUUCUGGAGAGUGCCCUCGGGGAGACCACUCUAAGGAAUGGCUCCAUGUCCGCAUUUGCAUCGACUUCUAUUGCGUAUUGCCCACAGGUUCCCUGGAUUAUGAAUGACACCAUCCGUCAAAACAUUAUUGGACCUGCAGCCUAUGAUCCCAAGUGGUACAACUUCGUCACCUGGGCAUGUGCCUUGGACCAAGAUUUGGAGACGAUUGCUGGUGGCGACCUUUCCCGUUGUGGAAGCUCUGGAAUCUCGUUGAGCGGUGGUCAAAAGCAGCGAAUUUCUCUCGCCCGAGCGGUCUAUUCGCGAGCUCCGACCAUUCUCCUCGAUGAUGUCUUUAGUAGCCUCGACAACAAGACUGUGGUAGCCAUCACAAGUCGACUAUUGGCAAAUGGAGGACACUUUCGAGAGUCAGGUAGAACCGUCAUUUUCACCACACACAAUCAUCACCUACUACCACAUGCCAACACGAUCUUGGUCCUUGACAACGGAACUGUAUCAAAAUCAGCAUCAUACGAAGACCUGCACCUUGACUUGACACAGGAUGAAAUUGAAGACGAGGAAGAAAACUUCCUUGAAAGCGAAACCAUGGCCCCCGAGACAGGAACAACCGUUGUCCCGCGGGACCAACCUCCAAUCACCGUCGAAGAAGCAGUGUUGGAAGCAGAUCUGGAUCGUCGAGACGGGAAAUGGUCGGUAUACACUUUCUACAUUCGCUCCGCCGGACGAAUUCUCGUGUCCUCAGUCAUAGUGAUCACCUUGAUUUUCUGUUUCUCUGAACGGUUCACAGCGAUUUGGCUGCAAGAUUGGUCAAAUGCCAAUCAAAGUAAUCCAAACCAAAAGCCUGCAAAAUACAUAGGUGUUUAUGCUUUACUUGUUGGAAUUGCCACGACCAGUCUCAUGUAUACUUGUUGCGCGACUGACGAGAAUGUCCUACUCAGUGCCCCAUUCAGCUUUUUCCAGCGGACUGACGCAGGAUAUACUACAAAUCGAUUCAGUCAAGACCUGGAGCUCAUUGACAUGGACCUCCCAUUGGAAGCACUCAAUGUCCUUGCCUCCUUUGGUGAAUGUGUCGUUCAGUUGAUAUUGCUCAGUGUCUUGGGAAAAUAUCUUACUGCCGCAGUCCCUGUGCUAGUGGUGGUUCUGUAUCUAGUACAGAGCUACUAUUUGCGUACCUCUCGCCAAGUCCGAUUGCUGGAUAUAGAGGCAAAGUCACCUUUGUUCACGCACUUUGUGGAGACUAUGCAUGGCAUAAAAGUGAUUCGUGCAAUGAAGUGGCAAGGUCCAUUUCAAGCUCGCCUCGAAAAUCUUCUGAACCAAUCACAGAAGCCGUUCUACAUGCUCUACUGCAUCCAGCAAUGGCUGCAGCUGGUUCUAGAUUGUAUUGUCAUGGCUCUGGCGGUGGUCCUUGUGUCCCUGAUUGUCUCUCUCCGAGGGAAGUUUAGCGCAAGCAGUGUCGGUGUCGCUCUCAAUUUGAUCUUAGUCUUCAAUCAAGACCUCAUGUUACUGAUUCGGUUCUGGACCAUGAUGGAAACAUCCAUUGGAGCGGUCGCCCGUAUCCAGGACUUUGUCGACACCACGCCUUCAGAAGAAAGGGAGGAAAGGAACUUGGCAACUGUUUCACCCAACUGGCCGAGCCAGGGGAACUUGUGCUUUGACCGCGUCGUCGCCUCUUAUGGGCAAGUCUUUAAUCCCUCACGCGUCUUGAUACCCGAAUUUCCGCCGGCUUUGGACAACUUGUCUGUGACCAUCGAGUCUGGACAAAAGAUUGCCGUCUGCGGCCCCUCCGGUAGUGGCAAAACAUCCUUUAUCCUCGGACUACUGCAGAUGAUCGAAUUGCAAGAGGGGCGCAUCAUUCUCGAUGGCAUCGACCUCUCUACAAUACCCUGCAAUGUCGUUCGCUCUCGUUUUAACGUGGUAUCCCAAGAACCUUUCUUCAUGCCGGGUACUCUACGUUUCAACCUUGACCGCGAAGCUACUGAAGGCCAGCAUGCCCCUGACUCGACGCUGAUCCGGGCUUUGGAGGCCGUGGGCCUGUGGAAGAAAGUCAGCGAAGAUUGUACCAGGGGUACUGAGCUGGACCAGCCCCUCUUGAUAUCUGACUGGUCCAUGGGCGAACGACAACUACUUGCUUUGGCCCGAGCAUUAGUGAUGAAAAGCCCCAUUCUGAUCCUCGAUGAGGCUAUGAGCAGCGUCGACGGCGAAACCGAAGCUACUAUGCAAGCCAUCAUAGAUAGAGAGUUCAAAUCUCAAACGGUCAUAUCGGUCAUUCAUCGACUUCGCUAUGUCGAUCGCUAUGAUCGAGUCGCGCUGAUGAAGAAGGGCCGCUUGAUGGAAUAUGCAUCGCCCGCUGAGCUUCUGUCCACCCCGUCUGAGUUUGCGUCAUUCUACAGAGCGAGAAGGGUCGCGACGUGA